GGCGCUGACCUUUACGAUCGGCCAGCGUAAUUGCAAUCGCCUGUGCCUUUCUGCUACAACCCUUGUCGUCGUUCACCACCAUCCUUCACGACCACCUCUAGUCGUUCUUCCAACAUCUCAACAACAACCAGAACGACUAGCAUCCUUUACCUGGACGCUGUCAAUCAGUAAUACAUGUCGGAACCUGAACUCUUGGCCUACAUGACUGGCACAAACGACGACUUCGACCUCCCCCGUUGGUCUACUCAACUCCCCCACGACGCCUUGUCCUCGUCUGCACAGGCCGCUCAGUCUGCUGCUCAGGCAUCUGGCUACAUGUUUCCUCAGGGCCAAAACCAGCUUCCACCGCCCCAAUCUGGCGCCUCUGGCAACCGAUUACCUGCAGCCAUUCAUCAGUCGCCAGGCUCUUCCAGGCAGCCUCGUAUAAGCCAGCUUUUGGACGAGGAUCAACAGUAUACGUUGCCGUACAUGACUCCAGGCAACUCGCAGCUUUCUCGAAGCUCGUCGUAUAAUGCAGGUGCAACCGGUACUGCUGGAUCGAGGGGUCGCCGUCAUCAUUUGCAGGAUGACUUAGAGGGUGCUUUCAAUGUGGAUAACGUCUCGACUCAGAGACGUACGCCGACGAAUCUACCUCAACCUUCUCUUUAUCCCUCGAGUGUUGCUUACCACCAACCAUCCAAUUUGACCGGCACUCCUCCCAAUGUGAACAGUGCGAGCGCCAGUGCGCCAGACCCGUAUCAAGAUGCAUACUUUCCUGGUCCUCCUGCUGCACAUCCACCCAAACGAGCUCAUACCCAACACGAUUCGAGUACUCGCGCGGCACGUUCACCACUUCGCGGGACCAAUCAGACUCAACCUCUUCUUGACCCUUAUUCUCCUCAACAAUUCAACUCAGCUUCGAACAACGCAUACCCUUAUUCUCCUACAACUUCUGAACAUCAACGACCAUUUCCGCCCCCCUACCAAGCGCAUUCACGGGGACAGUCGCAGGUCAAGAGCGAAGCUGUGACGCCUCCGAUGUCUACUGCUUAUUCUCAUUCUGGCGUCUACUCUCCCCCAUACCCCAUGGACACAACGAGUCCAGCACCUGCUACCUCUCAUGGUCUCACCGCGCAACGUGGCUCGAGCAGAUCUUCAGUAUCUCAGCCUGCUACACCUUUGUCCUAUGGUCAUCAUUCGCAGCAGCCAUCUCCGGUCCAUUUCUUCGGGCAAGAUCAUCAGCCGAUGGCGGUGGAAGUACCACCUCCAAAGCGUAGAGCAUCUGGGUUGAAACGAGUGAGGGAUCAACGUGAUCUGCGACCGGUUGUGAAUGUCCAACCCGCGGGCAGGCGUAUGGAUUCAAGUGGCAUCUAUCUUUCGCCUGCCAGGCAGCUGACGACCAAUAUCCUCGAGACGUACCAUAUUUGCAAUCCUCAGUUCAGAUAUGAAUCGACCCACAACCCGCGGCGAGUUCUGACAAAGCCAAGCAAGCCCAUCCACAAUGACGGAUAUGACAAUGAGGAUUACGACUAUAUCCUCUAUGUCAAUGACUGGUUGGGCACGGACGAUGGCCACAAAUACUUGAUUUUGGAUAUCUUGGGCCAAGGCACCUUCGGACAGGUCGUCAAGUGUCAGAACAUGAAGACGCACGAAGUUGUCGCCGUUAAGGUAGUCAAGAACAAGCCGGCUUACUUCAAUCAGAGUAUGAUGGAAGUGACAAUCCUCGAACUGCUCAAUAGUCAAUGCGACCCCCAUGACGAACAUCACAUUCUGCGGCUUCGAGACUCUUUCAUUCACAAGAACCAUCUGUGCCUUGUGUUCGAACUGCUGUCAUCAAACCUAUACGAGCUCAUCAAACAGAACCAGUUCCAAGGGUUGAGCACCCAGCUUGUGAAGGUCUUCACGGCACAACUGUUAGACGCUUUGACAGUACUAAAAGAUGCCCGCUUAAUCCACUGCGAUCUGAAGCCGGAGAAUAUCCUUCUGAAGUCCUUGCAAUCGCCACAAAUCAAGGUCAUUGACUUCGGAUCGGCUUGUCAUGAACGGCAAACUGUAUAUACCUACAUUCAAUCUCGAUUUUACCGGUCGCCGGAAGUCCUCCUCGGAAUACCGUAUACAGCAGCCAUUGACAUGUGGUCCUUGGGUUGCAUCGCUGUGGAACUUUUCCUCGGUCUCCCGUUGUUCCCUGGGACGAGUGAGUACAAUCAAAUUACCCGCAUAGUUGAGAUGUUAGGUUACCCGCCGCCAUACAUGCUUGAUAUGGGGAAGCAGACGAGCCAGUUCUUUGACACCUAUACGGAUGCAUAUGGUCAGAAGAAAUACAAGCUCAAGAGCCUUGAACAGUAUUCCCGAGAACACAAUACGCAGGAGCAACCUGGGAAGCAAUACUUUAAAGCGAACUCCCUUCCUGAGAUCAUCCAGCAGGCUCCGAUGUCGACAGUCAAGUCAACGUCACGUCAGUCGCACGAGGUCGAGAAAGAAAUGAAUAAUCGUGCUGCUUUCAUCGACUUCUGCCAGGGACUUUUGAAUAUGGACCCAAUACAGCGUUGGUCUCCACAAGAGGCCCGCAUGCAUCCAUUCAUCACCGGUGAGAAAUGGACCAAACCGUGGACGGUAAGUCUUCCCGAUAUUGCGAGCGGAAACCGAGGAUUCUCACUCACUCAAUUCAUCCAGCCCGCCGGACAACAAACUGCUCAACCAGUUCAAUCGAAUAGCUCGACUGGAACGGAUCCUAAACGGCCAUACGGAGGUCUCAUUCCCUCACAACCAAAGGGUACCCGUGCUUUUCAUGAUGCAGCUGCAUACAAUCAACAGUUGGCUCAGCAUCAAGCGUACACCCAGGCGCAGGCUGCAUCGCAAGCUGCACAGAACGUAUACCGUAAUCCGUAUAUCACCCCGCAGACCCAACAACAACAGCCACCCCCUCAACCGCAGAUUCAGCAGCCACCGCAGAACCCGCCGCCUCCGUACUCCGUUCAGCAGAACAGCUCCACUUCGAACUUCCCUUCGACACAGCGGGCGCUCAAUCACCAGGCCUCCCAUGGUCAUCUCAGUGUCGGCGGUAAUGCCUCGCAAUACGGUCAAUCGUUCCCAGUCGGUUCACACCUGGCUCCUGCUGCACCGCCGAAUGCCUACCAAGCUGCCACCUCUACUCGCAACCGUUCGAACACCAUCAAUCAUAUGAUGGACAAUGUACCUCCGGCGUUGGCUCGUCUGCAGCAUAUGAAUCAGGAUGUCAUCGGUGGCCGGAAGGCUCUGACUCCUGUGCUUAAACGUGAUGACCCCUUGCAGGAGUGGGAGAGACGGAGAUCUGGAAAAGCUGCUGCUCAGCCCUACCCUCAGUUGGAGUAUCUUGAGCAACAGGCUCAGUUGGCUGCUACGCAGGGCAUGGGGAAUUGGGGAUAUUCGGGCAGCUCCACUCGGUACCAUCCUCCCAGCUCGAACCUGGCACACUCAUACACGAAUCAGAUGGUCGUAGAUGACGAUAGACGGGAGGUGACCAUGUCCAAUGUCCGUGCCGCUGCGCGUGGAGAGCCGACUAAUGUCUACGGGGCCAGCUCUUCCAAUGUCAUACCCAACCCUCCCCAACAAGCGUACGCGAGUAACUCGACCACCGCCGGAAAUCGAUACGCUGCGACAUACUCUCAACAGCAGACGCCUACUUCGCCUUUCGAUUCUCUUGAUAGAAGGACAGAUAUCGGUACCCUCUAUGUUCCCAUGCAGCCCGAUCAGUACGGAGGGUAUAACUCGUCAUCGCAGCAGCAGAACCCUCAGCCACGGCAGGUUACUGCUCCGGCACAGGCUGUACCUCCGUCGUUCUACGGAGCAGGUGUCGUGCCAACGGGUGCCGCUGGCAACAGCCAGCAGCGCAAUCCGUUCUCUGCCGCAGAUACCCUGCCGACAUCACAGGCUCCUCUAUCUACCAAGGAAACCAGGCGAAAAAGUGGCAUGGAUAUGUGGACCCAGUGAAGCGUUGUUGCCUUGUGAAUAUUCAUCUUGUCCCGCCACCUGACCUCCUUUCUGCAUUCUUUCCUCCACAAUGUCCAGAACGUUCAAGAUGCCAUGAAUCAUUUCAUUAUUUCUCCCCAUUUGCACAGUAUUUCUGCUCUAACGUUGCAUUCCAUAUUCAUCGGUGCAGAAUCACUUCUUACAGUCACGCAAGUUAUGGCGCGCAGGGCCGCCUAUGGACUUUGCUCAUCUGGUGUAGUCUCUUCUUCUAAAUAGCUUCACCUAUGUAAAUUCUUUCGGCUGUAGCCUCUUGCGUUCAUCUCAACCAAUCACAAGGCUCUUCGCUGUAUCUAUUGUAAUGCCCCCGAACAUAUCUCGGAUAAACGGUGCAGAUAUUGGACUAUUUGGGACAACGCUGCUCAUCGCAUCAGAGCUGUUGGAACAACUCUUCGACUUCCCAAGCACCUGCCCAAUAGUGAACGUGUGCCUUCAGGCCUGCCGUUUUGCCUUCGCGUUCAAUGCGGCCUUGUAACCCACGGUAGCGUCUACAGAGUACCACAUCCGAGCUGGUUUACGAAGAAUCGUGGUGUUAGUGAAAAGAUGAGAGUAAGCACCAGACGGGAACGUACCUCCGCAAGCGAAGUAUUGGACAGAAAUCGUUUGAACCGUCACCAAUAUAAACGACGCGAUCAAAAGCUGGCAGAUGACGUGCAAGAAAUGAAUCCAAUUCCUCGCCUGUUUUCUCAUUGAGUCAUCGCUCCCGUGAAAUGCUAACGAGAUUGAAAUCGGUACCUUUACACAUAUUCGGGCUGCAACCAACUUUGCAAUUGUGUUGGGGACCGGAUGGAUCGAUUCUCCGCCGAAGCUUUAGUAGGCCAGAAGGAUCCCAUUCUGCGGGAUUGGUGGUGAUCUCCUCGAAUAAGUCUUCGAGACCUUUCUCCUAAAACUCAGUUCAGACACCGAGCGUUCGGGAAAACUGUUCAAAAUCCUACCUUGAGAAUAGUAGGAAUGAAUACGGAGUUGGCGUUGG